AUGUUGCUGCAAGGGAAAUUCUGGGUUGUAGUGCUAAUAAUUAUAGGAGUUGUUGGAGCAAAUCUCUAUUACUUUUUAUUUUAUUCUUCUGCUGGAGCUAAUCUGUACAGUAUUGAGGGUCUCCCGUAUCGAAUUCUUUUGGAUACAGAUGUUGAUACUGAUGAUUUGCUUGGUCUCUUGUACCUCUUGAAGCUAAAUAGAUCAGAGUUUAACGUGGAAGCAGUCACUAUCAGUGCAAAUGGAUGGUCUGAUGCUGGUCAUGCUGUGAAUCAAAUCUAUGACAUUCUUUACAUGAUGGACCGUGAUGAUAUUGCGGUUGGAGUUGGAGGCAAUGGUGGGAUACUUGAAGAUGGUACAAUACUGCCAAAUGUUGGAGGCUAUCUUCCUCUUAUUGAACAGGGAUAUACAACUGCAGGAUACUGUAGAUAUAGACAAGCUAAUCCUGUUGGUCGAGGAGGGCGUUUAGAUCUUGAUGCCAACUUUGGAAUCCGAAAAGCUUUCCUGCCACAGGGGAGAAGGAAUUAUAAUCCCCUUUGGCAACCAACUGCUCAGCAAGUGAUGAUUGACAGAAUAUCAGCAGGUCCCAUAACUGUACUUCUUAUUGGAACAUGUACAAAUUUUGCCAUUUUCCUUAUGAGUAAUCCACAUCUAAAGAAAAACAUCAAGCAUAUUUAUAUCAUGGGUGGUGGUGUGAGGACAAAGAACCCGACUGGUAAUUUGUUCACAGAUUAUACUAGUAAUCCUUAUGCAGAGUCCAAUAUGUUUGGUGAUCCCUUUGCUGCAUACCAGGUUUUUCAUUCUGGUAUUCCCAUCACCCUUAUUCCUCUGGAUGCAACAAACUCCAUCCCAAUAAGUAAGAAUUUCUUUAACACAUUUGAGCAGAGUCAGAAUACAUAUGAGGCACAAUACUGCUUCCAGUCAUUGAAAACAGCUCGUGAUGCAUCGCAGCUUGGCGACAAAUUUUAUACGAAAUUUUUUAUGUGGGAUUCCUUUGCAUCUGGUGUGGCAACUUCAAUCAUGAGUAAAUCAAACAAGCCAAAUGGGGAAAAUGAAUUUGCUGAAAUGGAGUAUAUGAAUAUAACUGUAGUUACUUCAAACAAACCUUAUGGGGUGAAUGAUGGCUCCAAUCUAUUCUUCGAGGGCCGUGACAUUCCAAGAUUCAAUUUAACAAAGGGUGGAGUGCAUAGUGGUCAUGUUCAGACUGGACUUAGAGAUCCAUUCUGCAUUGUGAAGAAUGGGAAGGGAAAAUGUCAGGAUGGUUAUACGGUAGAGGUAACUGGUCCAGAAGCAGUUCACAUGCUAGUCGCCACUUAUGCAAAACCUAAUCAGAACAAUGACAGCACACUAAACAGACAAUUUUAUCGAAGUUUCUUGGAUGUUAUAAACUGCCCGCAACAUACGGGGAGAUUUAAUUUUACAACAGAAUUUCCUUAUUACAAAGAAGUUCUUUACAAACCAGAUUUUGGAUCAAACAAACUUGGGAAACCUGUUCUUUUUGACAUGGACAUGAGUGCUGGAGAUUUUCUAACUCUGUUUUAUCUCCUUAAAGUACCUGUGGAAGUGGUCAACCUCAAGGCAAUAAUAGUAAGUCCAACCGGUUGGGCAAAUGCUGCAACAAUAGACAUCAUUUAUGAUUUACUUCAUAUGAUGGGUCGUGAUGACAUUCCAGUUGGUCUUGGAGAUAUAUUUGCAACGAACCAAUCUGAUGCAAUCUUCUCAAGUGUUGGAGACUGCAAAUACAUUAAGGCUAUCCCACAUGGGAGUGGUGGACUUAUUGACUCUGACACUCUCUAUGGUCUGGCGCGAGAUUUGCCACGAAGCCCUAGAAGGUACACACAAGAGAACUCUUCAAAGGAUGGAGCACCUCAGAAGCAGCCUCUAGCAUUGGAAGUUUGGAAGUCAGUAGUGAAAACACUUGAUCCAGGAUCUAAGAUUACCAUACUGACCAAUGGACCCCUUACUAAUCUAGCAAAGAUUAUUCUAUCAGAGAAAAAUACCACCUCUAUUUAUCAAGAUGUAUAUAUAGUAGGAGGACACAUCAGCCGUGGUGACUGGGACAAAGGAAAUGUCUUUACUAUUCACUCCAAUGAAUUUGCAGAAUUCAAUAUGUUUCUUGACCCUUUGGCUGCAAAGACAGUCUUUGAUUCGAACCUUAACAUCACCCUCAUCCCACUUGGAAUCCAGCGUAGAGUCAGUUCAUUACCAAGGAUCUUAGAAAAGUUGCAGGAGACAAAAAGGACACCUGAAGCUAAGUUCGCCAGCCGAUUACUGUCAAUGCUAUAUGGCUUGCAGCAAAGUCACGUUUUAUAUCAUCAUGUGGAUAUAUUCUCCCAGGAAAUCCUUGGUGCACUUGUACUUGCUGGUGAUCUGAAGCCAACCAUGCAAGUAAAACCUGUCAAAAUCUUAGCUGAAGGUGUUGAGUCCACAGAUGGACAAACUAUGAUUGAUGAAAAAGAUGGAAAACUAGUCAAAAUAUUGGAAGAUGUGAAUUAUACAGCUUAUUACGAUCUAUUUGCAAACAGGCUCAACGACCUGAAGCAGUCAGCUGUGAUAGGAAGUGUUGAUGAACAGAGAAGGCUGUGGAGUAUACAGCCCAAAUAACUUUCACAGAAUCAAGGCAAUUGUCUGACAGUAUGAAUUAACUUUUUCUUAUUGACAUGCAGCAUUUUCAGUUGUAUUGCUGCUGAUAUUCUUCACAGAGAAAUUUUAG